GCCGGGCCGGGUGCCGGGGGUGAAGCAGCGAGCGCGGCGCAGGGGAGCAGUUAUGGGUGAUGAGUCAGUACCAUUUUUGCUGGACCAAGGAACCACUAAGACAUAUCAAAUACCCAUUAGUCAUCUGGACUACAGGUUCAUUGAAAAAUGCACAGAUGUUAAGUACCUGGAAAAGAUUCUCACCAUAUUAAGGUCUGGUGAAGAGGGAUGGUAUCCUGAACUUACCUUGUUUUGUGAAAAGCGUAUUGAGCAUUUAGAUCCAAGGAGCAGAGCUCUGAGAAAAGAUAAGCCUGCAGCUACAGCUGCUGACUUCACAGCUGAAGAAUGGGAAACAAUUAAUGGUGAACUAAUGAGCUGGCUGACAGAGAUGAAUGAAGAUAAUAAGAAAUCACAGUUGUUGAGAACAGACACACUGUAUGAAAAACAAAAUAACUUGCCUCCUAUUCGUUGUUCCAGCAGCUGCCUUCCUUCUAAUCAGAAGGAAAAUUUACAAAGCAAACAAAGAAAUAAGAAGAACACACCACGGGAUUACAGUGAGUGGGACAAGUUUGACGUGGAAAAGGAGUGUUCUAAAAUUGAUGAUGGCCAUGAAGAAAAUAAUUCAAAAGCAAGAUUAUUUACUAGGCCAAGUCAACCUAUAAUUAAAAAGGAAAUAGACACAACUGGUUUGACAAACAAAGAGAAGAUUUUUAUUGCUACUCGUGAAAAAGAAAAGGGCAAUGAAGCCUUUGCCAUUGGUGAUUAUGUGGAAGCAGUGACUUAUUACACUCGGAGUAUCUCAGUAAUGCCCACAGCAGCUGCAUAUAAUAAUAAAGCUCAAGCAGAAAUCAAACUUCAGGACUGGGACAGUGCUUUGCAGGACUGUGAGAAGGUGCUAGAAAUGGAACCUGGCAAUGUAAAAGCUCUGAUACGCCGGGCCUCUGUACACAAUCAGCUACAGAAUUACCAGACAGCUAUAGAGGACCUGAAAGAAGUAUUAUGUGUUGAACCAGAAAACACUAUAGCUAAGAAAAAUCUGUUAGAGAUUGAAAAGAAACUGAAUGGUUUAAAGCCUGAAUCUGAGACUGAAGGCAAAGGAAAAAGAAUACAGAUUCAAGAUAUAGAGGAUUCAGAAGGUGAUGAAGAAAGAGGGGAAAACAGAGAAGAACAUGAAAGAAGCAGAGGAGAGAAAAACACCGCCGUGCCACUGAGAGGAGAGGCGGCGAGCGCGGCGGCUGCGAUGGGGAACGCGCAUAGAAAGUUUCAUAGCAAAGGAGGAGGCAGUAAGACGGAAGACAGAGAGACACAAAAGCAGAAGGAAUCCUCCGAGAGCCGAUUAGAAAAAGGCACGCCAGAGAAGCAAAAGCAAAAGCAUUUGUCAGACCAUGAGGAUGAAGUGAACGGCUACGUACGGAGUGACCGAAAGAGUGAAAGCCCCGAAGUGAGGAUCCGCGGAUCGCCGGGAGCAGGGGCUCAGCCGGGUGAUGCUGCCGCCGCUGCCGCCGCCGCCGCUGCUGGUUGUGGUGCUUGUGGUUCUGCUUCACUUCCUUCGACUGCAGCAAAACUCAGAAGUGAAGGAAACGAGUUAUUUAAGAAUGGACAGUUUGGAGAAGCUGCGCUGAAAUACUCAGAAGCAAUUGAGUAUGUCACCGGUCGAGGUGAGUAACAAAGUCCAGAGGAUUUAAGUAUCUUGUACUCAAACAGAGCAGCGUGUCACCUUAAAGAAGGCAACUGCAGUGACUGCAUUCAGGAUUGUAACAGAGCUCUGGAGCUUCAGCCGUUUGCCCUUAAGCCUCUUCUACGGCGAGCAAUGGCCAAUGAGUCCCUGGAGCAGUACAGGCAGGCAUACGUUGAUUACAAAACAGUCCUACAAAUAGACAGCAGCAUCCAGGCAGCAAACGACAGUGCUAACAGAAUAACAAAGACGUUAAUAGAUCAGGAUGGUCCCAAUUGGAGGGAGAAACUGCCACCAAUUCCAGCUGUCCCAGUAGCUGCUCAGCUACACAUGUGGGAUGGAGGAGACACUACUUCAGAAAAUAAGCCAGGAAGUACUGCAGAUACCAACAGAGAAGAACAGUUACAGAUGAAUCGUGAGGAAGCUGAGGAGAAGUUCAAGGCAUUAAAAAGUGAAGGGAAUGAUUUUGUAAAAAUGGGUAAAUACGAAGAAGCUGUAGAUAAAUACAGUGAAUGCCUGAAAUUAAAUACUGAGGAAUGUACGGUCUACACUAACAGAGCUCUCUGUUACUUGAAACUGUGUAAAUAUGAAGAGGCUAAGCAGGAUUGUGAUCAUGUUCUUCAGAAAGAAGAUUCUAAUAUUAAAGCUUUUUACAGAAGAGCACUAGCGUUCAAAGGAGUACAGGAUUACCAAGCCAGUAUUGAUGAUUUCAACAGAGUACUUCUCAUAGAUCCAUAUGUUGUCGAAGCAAAAAUGGAACUAGAGGAGGUAACCCAACUGCUGAACCAUGACAGCAGCACUGCAGCUGGUGGUCAACAAAAGCAAAGGAAGAAGAUAAGCAUACAAGAGGUGACUGAAUCUGAUGAAGAGGAAGAGAGACCAUUUGCUACAUCAGAUGAUGCUGUGACUGAUCAUGUUCCUUCUAAGGAAGCAGUUCAGAAGAGUGAACUGAAGACCUCUGAGAAACUGCGUAUUUCUGAACCAUCUAAUGCUUAUGACUUUGGUCAGAUAAUGAACGCAGUGCGUGCCAGUCAGGAUAUAGCUGCUUGUGCAGAUCUUUUAACAAUUACUGAUCCAGAAAAAUUACCAGUGCUACUAAGUAACAAACUCGAAGGAGAAAUCUUCUUGAUUCUUAUCCAGUCAUUGAAAUAUUACAUAGUUGAAAAAGACCCUGGCCUUGUAUAUCAGCACCUUUUCUACUUGAGCAAAGCAGAAAGAUUUAAGGUGGUGCUGGCCCUUCUUAGCAGAAAUGACAAACAGCAGGUUCAGCAACUGUUCAGCAACUUACUUUCAGAAAACCAGAAUCAGCAGUAUUCUUUGGAAGAUCUUCAGAGCCUUAAAAAGGUUUAUGAACUUUAAGAAGUUAAAAUUUGUUGGUCGCAUGCACAUAGUUCAUGUUUAUAAGAUGGAUUGAUAAACUCUGCAGAGUUGUAUGAGUUGAAACAGGUUUUUACCCAGGCUGUUGGAAUUCUGUUCUGUUUUGACAGCAUAUGCAUAUUUAAAACUUGCUGCUCUUUUUUUCUUGUAGUUGUAAACAUUUUUAAUCCAUAGAAUUCAAUGCAUGUGUUUGUGUUCAGUAACAGUUCAUGUUACAUGUUAUUUGGAAUACAGAUUUUAUUUAGAUUGUGUUAAUUAUAUAUAUGAAAAUAUAUUUUACAGUUAAAUAACUGGAUGGUAUGAUAGAUAAUACACUUUAAGUCAUCUCCUAAGAUUUUGUGGGUUGUGUGUUCUUGUGAUAAAGAAGUGGUGUCUUCAAGCUGAACGGGUCAGCUAGAAAUAGGUUUGCUAACAUGAAUUUGCAAAAAGUAUUAAAUGC